UAGUUUCGCAGUUAUAAAUAUACAAUCCCGACAAUCUCUUUUGAUGUGUAGUUUCACUGUGUUUGAUAGCAGAGACAAUUCACACCAAUGAUAACGCGUAAUAAAAACAAUCUGGAAUUUAAUAAUUAAAAUAAAUUUGCAGGAAAAAAAAACACAUACAAGAAACAUAAAUUGUUCGUAGGGUGGAAAAUAGAUAAUAAGUUUUUACUAAUUAUAAGUAAGACAGUUUUGACUUUCUACUCGGAAAACAGUUUUAUAAAAGAAAAUGACAGUUUCGCUUUUGGGGACUUCAGUAUUCGUGAUGAUUGCUUGUUUGUAUGUGGACUCUGUGACGGGACAUGGUCGGAUGAUCGAACCUGCUUCACGAAAUAGUAUGUGGCGUUUCAAUUACAAAAACCCAAGGAACUACAAUGACAUGGGUCUAAACUGCGGAGGAUUCACGAAUCAAUUUGAGCGCCAUGGUGGACGAUGUGGAGUGUGCGGUGACCCCUGGGAAGGACCGCGUGAAAAUGAGGCUGGCGGAAAGUAUGCACGAGGAGUCGUGGCACGUCAGUAUAAAAUGGGAGAUUACAUCAACGUCACUGUAGAGCUUACAAGUAAUCAUCAAGGCUACUUUGAGUUUCGAUUAUGCCCCGUGAACAAUCCACUAAAGAAGGCGACUCAUGCCUGCCUGAACAGGCAUCUUCUCAACAUUGUAGGUCAUGGCACGAGAUAUUUUAUCACGCGUAAAGGAGCGUCUGUAUACAUAGAGCUAGCGGUAAUGUUACCACCACACUUGGAGUGUUCGCAGUGUGUUUUACAAUGGAAAUGGGUCGCAGGCCAGAGUAUGGGUCCAGAUGGGUAUGGAGGUGAAUGUCUUGGUUGCGGAAAUCAAGAAAAUUUCGUCAACUGUGCAGAUAUCGCAAUUGGUAAUAAAGUCGUAUCUCCACUUCCGCCGUUGCCCGGAGACAGUGUGACACAGCAACAGGCACCAGCUCCGACCCGUACCAAAGCUCCAGCCCGUGCACAAGCUCCAGCAGCCCCAGCCGGUCCUUCAUAUGACAUUUUCAAUUCAGGCGCUGGAAACGGUCCAAACAUGGAGCUUGUAAAACAAAUAGUAAGCAAAUUGGCACAGACUUUACUGGCGCAUGGUAUGCCAACUACCACAAAGUCAUGGAGAACACCUCAAGUUCCAAGGGCUCCAGCUACUGAAAAGCCAUGGAACAGGCCCCCACCUUCACCUUCAACACAACAACAAUGGCAACCAACUCCUUCGCCACAGAAUUGGGGACCAUCUCCGACACCACAGCCAGCCUCUUGGCAGACAAGACCCCAAGAGACUUACGGUUGGACGGAUGCUAGUUCCAGUCAUCAUGUUACCGAAUCACCUGCUUCUAAUUUUCCCGGAUAUGAGCCUGGAGAGUAUCCGGAACCAGGCGAAGGGCCGUCUUCCGGUUCUAAUUCUGGUUCAAGUAGUUCUAACUCUGGACAAUCAAGUUACAUGCAGGGAUUUAAUGACGCUAUGCGUCAGAUUAAAAAUUCUUUUGGAAAUGGCGCUCCAAAUAAUAAUGUUUUUAAUGAAAUUUCAGUUCAUCUACAAGAAUCGCAAAAAAAUACCGCUCCUCAAAACUACGGUGGUGGAUCAAUGCCGGCAACUUGUCCAGAUGGAUCGGAAUUUGAAUGCACUGCAAAAAAUUCAGUACCUGGUUCAGAUUUUGAUUCAUUCUGCAAUAACGCCUGUAACACAGGUCAACCAGGUCAGUGUCCGACAAAUAUGUGUGCGUGCACGUGCCCUGGUGGUGAGUCGUGGUCAGGUCCAGCCUCAAUGUCUGGGGGAAAUUGUGUAGCAGUAGAUAAAAGCAAAGGUUCUUCAAUGGACCAAUGGUGUGUUUCAAAUUGUAAACAAAACAACUGCCCACCAGAUUUGUGUACAUGUCAUUAGAAAGCCAGUCUCAUUUUGUUCAGUUUUCUUCUUUCUUGUGGUUUGUUGUAAAUACUGCAUAUUUCGCUGUAUGUUUUCCUUGGUGUAGCGCUUUCAAACCAUGUUACCACUCUCUCCUAUGGAACUGAUUGCUAUUUCCAGAUGUACAUGACACGGUUCAAAAGAUGCGAGUGUGGCAAGUGUGUGGUAGGGUUAUUUCUUUUUAGCAGUUCUUAGUUUGUUUCCGCCUAUUAUUUUGUCCGUUGACGAUGUGUUUCAGACAUUUUAUUAUACAGAGAAACAGAACUGAAUUUAAACGUUCACUCUUCAAGCCAAGUUUCUACAGGCAUGUGUACUGUAGAACAAGGAGAGGAAACAUUUGCGUCUUCAGUAAUGGUGAAGAUGCAUUUGUACAAAAGUUAUCAAGAACAAUUUCACGUGUUCAAUAAAAGUAAAGAUUUCUGCAUGCAAUUAAAGAGAAGAUGAACUUGAACAAUGACCGUAUAAUUUCAUAAAAUAAUAAAUGUGAAAAUGAAAACACAUGUGUACAAUGGAAAUGAAAGUACAUGUGUACAACUAACAUGUCAAGAUGCACAAAGCUUAUAAAUAUAUUUCUCUUUGAAAUGUUUGCUGACAAAUUCUUCGAGAAAUUAUAAUUUUAUAUUUCUGUGAUAAAUACUGAUUUGAAUGUCUGCCAGAAUUAGUCAUUCCUCUUACAUAAGAUAAAUGCCUUGGUUAAAAAUGUUCACUACGUUUGGAUGUUCUCUUUCGCUGUCAUGUUGUUAAAAGGUAUGUAAUGCUUACACUUGCUCAUGUUAUGUGCUAUAAACAAUUGUGAAGUUAAUAUUAAAACGUCUAGAUAUGUCA